UGUGUACUUUUUCACAUUAUAGCAAAACAGAAUACAUAGUCUAUGGAGUGAGUGGUGUUAUAUUUGUCAAUUUCAUGACGCCAAAAACGUAAAUGUGUGAAAUUCAGGAUUAUUCUAUCGAGCAUAAGGAUAUUUAUUGCAAUAAAUAUUCGGCGUGCUUAGACAUGGAUUUGUAUAUAACCGAUUCACUCCAGGACAUGCUGGAUAUGGACAUUAAAAAUGAAAUAGCAACAGACCUAAGCAGCAUAACCGAUUUUUCGGAUUCGCUGGGAUUGAAUUUUUCAGAAAUGCCUCCAUUACUAGACAUGGAUACAGACAACUCUGUAACAUGGCUCAACAACUCCUCUUCAAGCUUUGUACAUAAUCUUGAUUUAUACGGUUCCGAAGCAAACGCUGUUAUGGUUAAUCCAAAUUCAGUUAUGCCAUCUACGUUUGCGGAAACACCAAUUAAAAGCGUUGUAAAGGAAGAGGCUUCCAACCUAUUGCUAACAUCUGCUGCUAAUAAUGACCUAAAUAAUAGUACUUCGUUAUCGAGUCCCAAAGAAGAAAAAAGUCACUUAACAUUCUCUCCAAAUGCCAUAAAAGUUUCGAAAGUACAGGAGCCCGAUGAACCGCCUCCUAAAAAGCUAGAAGAAGCGACACAAAUGGUUAUUUACUUAAGAAAACAAGAUAAAACCGUAGUAAAAGAUUUAUUAAAAGAUUUAGACUUAGAUACAAAUAAAACCAAAAUAGGUACGAUACCAACAAUAACUCCUACAGUUCGAAUAAAAACAAGUCAGUCUGAAAUAUUGAAAGUAAACAAUAAGAAUUGUUCAAUUUUAAAUAGUAGUCAAAAAAUAACACAAUCGUUAGGAACUAAAACUAUAAUAUCCGGUAAUAUACACAUACUGGAUGCUCAACAAUCUAGGACAAUUUUAGCUAAUGGUCACAAAAAUCAAGCGACAAUAUUAAUUGAUAAUUCAUCAUUAAAUAAUAGUAGACAAAUAAUAAAAACAGCUGUCAGCGGUGCGUUCACCGUGGACACGAGCCAAGCUAAAUAUGUAAAUAACACUAGCAAAACAGUAGCGGGAGAAUUUCCAAAGCCGGCCUAUUCGUAUUCAUGUUUAAUUGCAAUGGCGCUAAAGAAUUCCAGAACGGGAAGUUUACCAGUGUCAGAAAUUUAUAAUUUUAUGUGUCAACAUUUUCCUUACUUCAAAACAGCACCGAAUGGGUGGAAGAACUCCGUCCGACAUAAUCUUAGUCUCAAUAAGUGUUUUGAAAAGAUAGAGAAACCUUCGACAAAUGGAAGUCAAAGAAAAGGAUGCUUAUGGGCCAUGAAUCCUUCAAAAGUGGGAAAAAUGGACGAAGAAGUUCAAAAAUGGUCAAGAAAAGAUCCACAAGCUAUUAAGAAAGCUAUGAUAUAUCCAGAGAGCCUAGAAGCAUUGGAGCGCGGCGAGAUGAAGUACAGCGGCUUCGGGAGCGACAAUGACGUUGACGAUGACGCUGACGCUGACGCGGACCUCGACGACUUCGACGUCGACACCGACGGCAAGGACGACGAGGAAACCGUGGUCGAGCAGGAGGUGUCUGACAAUGAGCUGGAGGUGGAGGAGGUGGAGGGCACGGGCAUGGUGGGCGGCACCUACCGCUUACUAGCCGCUGGACCUUCUCUCGCUUCCUAUGUCGACGCGGAUGAUGGCAGCGACGUCGAGGUAUUGGAUCAGUCGUAUGAAGAAAUAGAUAUUGAUGUAACAAAACCUGUCAAACUAGACUUAUCUGUUUCAGAAAACUAUACAAUACAUACAGCGAAAAGGGCGAAAACCAGCUUCAUAUACCAACCUGUCACAACUCAAUCGCAUACGAGCAGAAGAAAAACUCCACUCGUCAACAGAGUAGCCCUUGUUUAAAGAAAACGACCGUACGAACAUAGUCCAAUAUUAACUUUCGACGUUCUUAGUCAAAGUCUUCACCGGUGACGCUGUAAAGGCCAGAAGGCAACAGUAAGAAACAUUUACAAAAAAAAAUCUUGGUCCAAGAAUUUACGUAUUGGUCAAAAAAUCAGCACGACGUGAAUUAAACGAAGAUCAUCCCAGUGAAAGUUCCAAUGUUAUCAUAAAACGAAGUAAAUAUAAGUGUAA